AUGUCGUCGUUGCCAGUUGGAAGCGUUGUCUCUUUUGUCCACCAACUUUCUAAGCCUCCUUGGACCGUCAAAACGCUUAUGGAUUCCUCUCACAAGAACAGUAGACCUUCCCCUGAACAGAUUGCUCUUAUCCAGAAAGCUCGAUUGGAGAAACGAAGAAAGGCUGUUGAAGCACCAAUUCCACCCACCAUACUGGUUUUACGGCCAUGGCUGACUCUUGACCGUGAUGGAUCAUCUCGAAAUGCUUCUCAUCGAGUAAAGAUACUCUCGUGGAAUCUUCUUGCCCAGUGCUUAAUUCGGCGCGAACUAUUCCCGACGAGCGACUGCUUAAAAGCUGGACAAAGAGAGCCUAUGAUACACGAGGAAAUCAUCAGACAAGACGCUCAAAUCCUCUGCCUUCAGGAAGUUGACCGUCUUGAAAAACUGCUUCCAAAGUUUGAGAAAGCUGGUUAUACUUAUUGCUAUGCAUCGGGACCACGAAAAAAGCACGGAUGCCUGAUAGCUUAUAAGAAGGAUCUGUAUUCAUGUGUUUCGGAAAGAGUUGUCUUCUACGACGACCAAUCUGUGGACGGUGACGCAGAGGACAAAACCCGCAUCGGGAACAGCUUCAAGACCAGAAAUAUUGCAUCAUUAGUCGCCCUCACUCGUAACGGCGGCGGAGGCGAGGAAGGCCUGAUUAUUGGGACAACCCAUCUUUUCUGGCAUCCUAGAUACACCUAUGAGAGGAUCCGACAGUUGGGCAUCAUGAUUCGUGAGGUAACUGCGUUUCGAGAGAAGCUUUCCGCGGCACAUUGGCCCUGCGUCUUGGCCGGCGACUUCAACUUUACGCCGAGCGACCCAGCAUACUCUCUAGCAGUCGGCGAUGACCUACUUCCAGAGCAAGAACAAAUCAUCCACCCAUCCCGUGUUGUGCAUAGCUCCUUGGACCCUUCGGUUCUCCUCAACCUUCCUGCCACACCGAAAGGCACUGACGAGGAUGAUGCCGAAGCCGUAGAUCCAGAUCGCGUCAUCACCAACGCACGACCUGCAAAGCCGGAAGAUGGGCUGCUUACGGUCCCGGAAAUUGUAGCCUGGUUUCGCCAAUUACCGAGACUCAGAAGUGCGUACAGUGACGGCAUUGCCGCUGCUCGAGGUCAUGGCUAUGACCUCCCUACGUUUGGCAUUCGAGCGCAGCCACCGAUAGGUAGGCGAGGCUCUGAGGAACCCGAAUACACAAGCUAUACGUACUACUGGAAGUCAGUUUUAGACUACAUCUUCUUCAUUGAUCCUCCCACUAUCUCUGGAAGCAUUACUGGCUUAUUGGCGCCUCUCACAACUGCAGAACUGGAUCCAGGCAUACCUAAGCUAGGCGUGUCCGGAAGUGACCAUACUGUUCUCGCCGCUGAGUUGAAUUGGUGA